ACUGACGGGUGGUACCUGCUUACCUGUUGAGACAUCCGCCAGGGAACGACGCUGUACCUGAGAUCCGUCCAAAACAAUCCUAGUCUAGCUAUUAUGUGCAUCAUUUAGGGGAAAAUGCAGGGCUUGAAGCAUCUUGCGCUGUUGUACCUGGCUGCAACGAUAGGUUGCAUUGUUGGGCAGUUCGAGUACUUAGACGGAGAUGACUACGAUGUCGUUGAUAAAAAGAUGAAGAAAGUCACACCUGACAAUUGUUUUAUCAAGGCAAAGAUGGAUUUGUACCUACCAGACGAAAGUGUAUCGCACAUACCAGAUAUUAAGCAAGUGAACAUUAAUCCCAUUUUUCCAAAUCGAACUGCACUUUUCCACCUGCAUAACAUGGCCCAUUCAAGGGCUUUCUUUUUCUCGUACAUCCUUCAGUCGCGUUUUAAAAGACCUACAGUUAAUGCAACAGAAAGUGCAUCAGAGUAUGAUCCAGGUUUUAUGUAUUAUUUCCUGGGAACUGUGGCAGAUGUAGCAGCUAAUCCAAAGAUAAAUUCUAGUGGGAUCUACUUUCAGCCCAAUAUGGCAUAUUCAUCAUCUUACAAAGGGUUCUUUAAUAAGACUAUGCCACUGUUUGCACCUCGAGCAUUUAGAAUGGAUGACUACAAUGAUCCUGUUCACCUGGAGCGUCUUUCAACAUUGAAUUUCUUCCAAGUAGAAGAUUUAGGAGCAAUCAUGCCAACAGAAGAGAGAUCUCUUAAUUACACUUUGGAGGACUAUCGAAUUAAUGAGUGGUACUAUUCUUGGUUGCCACACACGAACCAUCAGCAACAAGACAAAUUGACAACAUAUCAGGUUAGAAUCCGGUAUGCAAAUAACACCAAUGAGACGUACGUGUUCCAUGGCCCUAAUGCCCCUGAAGAAAAUCCUGGACCCGUGAAAUUCACUCGACCAUAUUUUGACUGUGGCAGAUCCAACAAGUGGUCUGUUCCUGCCAUCUCUCCUUUUGCUGAUUUGUAUCCGCGUCAUACUCAGUAUCGUCACAUUGAAUAUCCAACAUUAACGGGCAUUGCUGUUAUGGAGAUGGAUUAUGAUCGAAUAGAUAUAAAUCAGUGUCCCAAAGGGGAAGGUAAUGAUGGCCCUAAUAUGUUUGCAGACACUUCAAGAUGCAAGAAAGAUACUACAGAGUGUGAACCCUUAGACGGUUAUGGUUUUCGAAGAGGUGGCUAUCAGUGUCGAUGUAAGCCAGGCUAUCGAUUACCAAAUGUGGUUCGUCGACCGUACCUUGGAGAACUUAUUGAGAGAGCAACACUUUACCAGUAUCGCAACUCCUUCAGUUGUACCCCAAUUGGAUGGAUUCAAAAGCUGCCGUUUGACUACAAUCGCAUGGAGGAAUAUGAACGGCAAAAAUAUCUCUCAAAGGAUUACAAUAAUGUCACUGGUGCCAAUGCAUCUCGUACAAGCAACAUGAAUGUUGAAGAAGUGAUAGAGUACCUGAAGUCAGUCACUGCAGAGAACUGUAAAACAUUUAGUCCUGAUGAUCUGGUUCUUCGUGGUGAUAUUGCAUUUGGAGUUGAGAAGCAGUUUGAAAAUGAGGCUAGGAUGGCCCUGCGGCUGGCAAAUUUCCUGAGUGCUUUCCUUCAGGUGGUAGACCAUUCAGAAAUCUUCUCUGGUGUUCGUAUUGUCGACAAACCUCUUACUGAAGAUCAGAUGAUGGGAGAAGUGCUCUCUCUUAUCCUUGGAAACAGUCGGAUCUGGGAAUCGGGCAUGUAUUGGGAUCGUAGUAAAUUUACAAACCGGACUUUGUUUGCUCCUGUUGCAUACAAGACCCAGCUGAAUACCAGGAAGUUUGCAAUGGAAGAUCUUGCUCGGCUGAAUUCAACACGUGACUCUUACAUCAACAAGCCAUGGUUCAGAAAAAUGAAGAGCAGAUGGUCAACCAACUUUGAUGAACUUGAAAAAUACUGGAUUAAGCUCAAACUUCGUCAUAAUGCAACAGGAAUGCACUCUAUGAAAUAUGAAAGAUAUCCCACCUUUUAUAGGGCAGCUGAGCUUAAACAUGGAGAAUGGAGCAUUCCUGAAUUUGCCUGUGAUGGAUUUGUCAAAAAGUGGGUUGUGAAGUAUACUGCUCCCUUCUUUGGCUGGGAUUCUCUGAGGGCAAAAUUAGAAUUCAAGGGUGCAAUUCAGGUUACCAUGGACUUGUUGAAGCUGGACAUCAGCCAGUGUCCCGGGGAAUUUUUUGUUCAGAAUGCCUUUAAAGAUACCCAUAAGUGUGACAGAAAAACAUCAUAUUGUGUGCCCAUCCAAGGUAGAGGAUUCGACACGGGUGGUUAUAAAUGUGAAUGUAUUCAAGGGUUUGAGUAUCCUUUUGAAGAUCCUAUCACAUACUUUGAUGGCCAGUUAAUGGAGGCAGAGUUUUUGAAUAUUGUCCGUGACAAGAAGACUAGGUAUGACUUUUUGAAGUGUCGUGUGGCUGGAGCAAGCAGCAUUGAGAGUAGUUUCGUAAUAAUUGUAACAUUACUUUUCCUGAAUUUAAUUUUCCGUCGGCACUAGGUGCACAAGAGUCUAGUAACUGUAAUGAAAAGUAAUUUUAUCUAAUUGAUGAAUAGUGAAUUUGGUCCAAAUAAGGAAAUUUCUUUUCUUUUAAGAGUUGACUUCAGUUUUCUUUUCUUACUGUCAUGGGACCAUACUGUACCUGUAUAUGUAUGGACAGUUAUGUUUUAGCUUUGGAUAAACUGGUCAAGAUGUUUUUGAUGUACAUUGAAAUUGUAAGUAUCAAAACAUUGUGUGUCACAAUAAUAAUUGCCAAACAUUUUAUCACUCUUUCUGUAGAUAGUUUUUCUUUUUGUCAGACUUGAAGAAAUAGUAUGUUAAUAACAGUAAGGGUUUCUUGAAGUUGCCUCCUUUGGUUUUCUUAUGUCAAAUUUGAAGAUAUAUUGUGGUUAUAAAGCAAGACUUUCCUGAAGAAAGUUUCAUAAUCUUGUGCCUUGUGCAAUACUGGUAAUUUUUUUAGGGUUUGUAUUGUUUAACAAAUUAUGUAUUUUCAUAAUUCAGUAUUAAAUACAGUUUCCUUUGCAAUAAAGGAUGAUUUUAAAAAUUCUCUAAGAUUAAAUUGUAUAUAUGUUAAAAUUGAUAUCUUGAUGGUACUGUCAUUUAGUUGUACUAAUCAGUAUUUAGAUCUGAAAGUAAACAUUUGUUAAUACAUUGCUGUAGAAUCAUUUGUUUUGACGAGUUAUUUUUAAGGUCAUAUAAUUUCCUUGAAAUUGUAGUGUGGGAUUAUUGCUUAGAUUUUAACUUUGGGAAAAAUUCCUGGAGAUCAUUUUUUAUGAGAAUUUAAGCAUUGAAAUAAUUUACCGUCCUAAAACCUUUUUGUAAAUUACAGAUUUUAUUUUUCAAUAGCUAUUGUAAGUGAACUAAAAGACUGUCCAUGUACUAGGAAGUUGUAAGUGUAAUAUUGGUGAAAUACUAGUAAUUUCACUUGUUCAACAAGUUUUUUUGAUGUUGCAUGAUGUUACAAAUUCAAUCCGUCCAGUAUUUAUAGGUUAUAGUAAUUUAAUCCGUCCAAUAAUAUCUGAUUAACUAUGUAUGGUGGACAAGUUUGAAAAGUUAAAAUAUUGUUAUAGUUAAUUAUAUAAUUUUUAAAACUUACAAUUUAAAUGAAGGUUUGGUUCUUGGUAUAUUUGAAUAGAUGUACUACUAUUUUUUUCUGUAAGAAAUUUUGUAAACAAUUGAUUUUUCUGUUUUGUGACCUUAUGAUUUCCAAUUUAAUACUUUGGGGCCCUUUUAAUUGAUGUUUGGAACUAUUAAACAUUCCGUCCUACCAAGUAUAACAUGUUUAAAAUGUAUAUAUUGUUCAGUGGUAAUAUUUUUUUACAUUUUUAUUGUAAUUUCAUAAGUUUACUAUAUUAGUAACUAAGGAACUUUAUUGUACUUAGAGUAAUGCUGACUGAAGCAUUUCUAAAAAAAAAUAAAAGACACAAGGGUGAUUAA